GGAGGGAAAUAGGAAAAGAACAGAAACUUAUGUCUACCUUCUAGCCGCAGCACCGCUGCACACUCGCAACAAGGCAAUAUUUAACAGAUUAGAAAAGAUGGGAGAGUCUCAAACGGUCAAGCGCUCGACCUUGCGGGUAAUUUUUUUGUCAUUUAAAAGAGGAACGAUCUAAAACAGAUGGAUGAGUGGGUAGCAAUAAAAUUUUUAAAAAAAAAAUGAAUAAUAAAGUGUAAAAGCAACUUAUUCAUUGCACGGAUUUUACUUUUAAAUACAUUUGAGGAAACGAAGGUCCCCAAUAAUUAUUUUGAACUGGGCACAUAGACUAUAGGAUAGCGGUUCUACAUGUACCCAAAGUCUUGUAGAGAUGAUUAUGACAAAGAAAUUGUCUGUGAAAGGUCUGCGAGAUUAUACAUUUUUAAAUACAGGUGCGUAACUAGGCUAUAAUCAUCUCAAAUUAUACUCAUUAAGGGUUCGACUCCCAGAAUUAUAUGCAGUUUUUAAAUUGAAUUAAUUUUUUUACCAAAAAAUACGUUACCCCAUUCUGAAAGUAUUUCAGUUGAUGUCAUCGGACUAGUUUUACAUCAUUGUAUUCAGAUGUAUUUAUUUCUAUGUUACCGGGACAUAUAUUAUCUGGGAAAUAUUUGAAUGUUAGAGCGUCAAUAAAUAAUAAUUUUAAAAAAAUCGAUUAAAAAAAAAUCGUUAUUCUCUUCUGACCACCGCAGACGCUCUUCGGUAGAUAAGGGAGAUAACCACGAAUAAAGGAAUUAAGCCGUCAGAUGUCAGAGUAAUGGAACCUGACUUACUCAGUUCAAACAGCGAUUCGCCACCGAAGACUUGAUAGAUGAUUAUGUUGUCAUAUCAUCACGGAAUUAAAAUGUAAGUAGAGAUGGCGACAAGUGCCCCCCCCCCCAAAUGGCGGCCCGGCUGACCAGCACCGGUCCUUCGAGCCUUACGUUUCCGGUCCGCACAACAUGAAUGUUUAGGGUGGUAUAACAAAUCUUGAACAAGCACCUGAUGGGAUUUCGUGUCCGGUGGUCUACCCUGCUUGAAAAGCUAGCUAGGGAAACACCUUGUAUAGACCACGAAGACUGGAUUCUAGAGAAGACAGUAACAUAAUUUUCUGCGUAAAGAGUCAUUUUACGAAUUGUGUAUUGAGAGUCAUCGCGUGGCCCCCAUUCAGACGCAACAUCUGCGGCUUGAAGUGGACCUCGGGCUUUAAAUGAGUGUGAAAGCCUGAAGUUGUACCUCCGAAUUCAGUCAUGGAAAUGAUUGGCUAAGUACGAUACAGACAAACUGGGACAUUCAGUCAUGUAAAUGAUUGGCUAAGUACGGUACAGACAAGUUGGAAUAAAAUAGCUCGGAAAUCAAUUAUGAGGUGAAUGUGAAUUAUUACUAUUACUAUUGUUAUCACAAAAAAGAAGUAACAUAAAUUUUAUGUGAUCUUAAACUUAAGGUAUUUGAUCAUCAAAAUACGGAUUUCCUCAUAGUUUUAACUAUGUGGGUUCUUUUGGCAUAAUUAAAAGAAAUCAAGCAAUCGAAAAUUUCUGUUAUAAAAAGUUGACCCCGAGAUUCGAGUGCCACGUGUUAUUACUUCCACUUCCAUAUAAGCCAUGUUAUAAAAACAAACUCUUAAUGUAAGUCAAAGUUCGAUCUUCAAUCGACUAUACCAAUGCCUUAUUCGUCAAUAACAUUAAUAAAUUUACCUAAACAUCCUGACCUUCACGUCGCGACUCGUCUACACUUACAUACAACACACGCGCGCUACAAAAACAAAACACAUCAUAGCGCCCUCAUACGUUACACAUGAAAAGUACACAGAUCUAGUCUGUCGGUCGGCUCUGCUUGAACUUGAUACACGUGGUGUGAGGGGUUCCCACUUGGCACACCACAUAUGUCAUUGCCAUGUCUGACUUGAUACACGUGGCGUGAGGGGUUCCCCACUUGGCACACCACAUAUUUCAUUGCCAUGUCUGCCUUGAAACACGUGGCGUGAGGGGUUCCCACUUGGCACACCACAUAGGUCAUUGCAAUGUCGGACUUGAUACAAGUGGUGUGAGGGGUUCCCACUUGGCACACCACAUAGAUCAUUGCCAUGUCUGACUUGAUACACGUGGUGUGAGGGGUUCCCACUUGGCACACCACAUAGAUCAUUGCCAUGUCUGACUUGAUACACGUGGUGUGAGGGGUUCCCACUUGGCACACCACAUAGGUCAUUGCCAUGUCUGACUUGAUACACGUGGUGUGAGUGGUUCCCACUUGGCACACCACAUAGGUCAUUGCCAUGUCUGACUUGAUACACGUGGCGUGAGGGGUUCUCACUUCGCACACCACAUAUGUCAUUGCCAUGUCUGACUUGAUACACGUGGCGUGAGGGGUUCCCACUUCGCACACCACAUAGGUCAUUGCCAUGUCUGACUUGAUACACGUGGCGUGAGGGGUCCCCACUUGGCACACCACAUAUGUCAUUGCCAUGUCGGACUUGAUACACGUGGCGUGAGGGGUUCCCACUUGGCACACCACAUAGGUCAUUGCCAUGUCUGACUUGAUACACGUGGCGUGAGGGGUUCCCACUUGGCACACCACAUAUGUCAUUGCCAUGUCUGACUUGAUACACAUGGUGUGAGGGGUUCCCACUUGGCACACCACAUGUGUCAUUACCAUGUCUGCCUUUAACUAAGUCAUAUAAACAAAGAAAAACAAGUCAUAUUUUUUGAAAAUGAAAUCCCGGGAUUUUCGAAAAACCCGGGUUUCAUAAAUCCAAUCCCGGGACUUGGGAGCAUCCGUUAUGGCGUUAUGGUUGGGUAUUCCGUUAUUUUUGACAUUCGGGAUCCCGGAUUGCAACCCCCAUUUAAGAAUCCAUUAUAUACAUUUCUGUUGAUUUCUUUGUUCAUAUUUCCUUUAUUUUUCCCCCCUUCAAAAAAUCAUUAAAUUAAGUUUUUUAUUCCCCCCCCCCCAUUUAUUUCUGUCACAUAUACAAAGCACAUAGCAACAGCUGCACAACUAAUCUCCACACCAAAAAACACGCAAUCAUUCAACAAAUAAUUACCAUUUCCCCGCUCCCUUGAAAGACAGGAACACUAUUUUAGGGGGUUGGGGUGGGUUGGAGUUGAAAAUUGUAUAUAAUAGGUUGUCAUCGGCAUCGAGUCUAUGUGCCAGGUUCUCAGAUCCAUAGGAUGACGGGUAGUGGCUCUGUUAGCCUUCCGAACAGUUUUGCAACACGGAAACACACGAGGAAAAAAAAAAGCGAAGAUAAUAUAAGUUAUUUAAGAUAGUAACAUCUAUUUAAUCAAGGGGCACUACCACGCUACAAUGUUCUUAAUUUAAGGUUAAGAUCAUCUACGUGCCUUCUCACCAAAUGAAGUCUCUAUUGAAAAAAGCACUGCCGGUGGAAUAAACAAUAGUGUGAUGUUACGACGAUAAUAACUACGUUCUAUUAUCUGGGACUUGUGGGAUAGCUAGAGUUUGAAGCGCCCGGGGCUGUCAAUGAAUUUAACGCCCGUUGUGCACGAAAAUCACAAUGCAUACAUCAUUCUCGUAUGCACUGAACGGUUCAAUGCAUACGAGUUAGAUGGAAAAUGCCAACACAAAAAGUGAUUUCCUAAGCUGACAUCAUAAUUCCCCAACCCCCCCCCCACACACACACACAAUUCCUAUGUCCCUGGACUUAACAUUUAGUAUGCACUGAACGGUUCAAUGCAUACGAGUUAGAUGGAAAAUGCCAACACAAAAAGUGAUUUCCUAAGCUUACAUCAUAAUUCCCCAACCCCCCCCCCCACACACACACACAAUUCCUAUGUCCCUGGACUUAACAUUUAGCGUUAAGCAGACAUUUAACGAAUGACUCUUAGCUAUAUAUAAAACAUUUAGAAUUAAGCGCACAGCUAAAGAAGGACACUAGCUAUAUAUAAAACAUUUAGAGUUAAGCACACAGUUAAAGAAGGACACUAGCUAUAUAUAAAACAUUUAGAGUUAAGCUUACAGUUAAAGAAGGACUCUAGCUAUACAUAAAACACUUACAAGUUCUGCUCAACGUAAUUUUAAUUUGAAAGACUUUGUGGCCACGUCCUUAGAUGUGUCCAUGUUCAUGAGUCCACGCCUUUGUUGUGUCCACACCCUCGUUGUGUCCACGCCCUUGUUGUGUCCACGCCCUUGUUAUCUCCACACCCUCGUUGUGUCCACGCCCUUGUUGUGCCCACGCCUUUGUUGUGCCCACGUCUUUGUCGAGUCAUGCUUUUGUCUGAAUAUUCCAGCAGUAAUUCAUAAUGACCCAUAGUCAGCCUUGUGCAAUCAAUGAUUUGUUUUGAUGUUUCCAUCUCAAUCCAAUUACCUUCAUAAAUCACAGCAACAAAUCAUCCGUCCCAUUCCGUCCUUGCUAUUGUACACCUGUAUUUAGAUGGCAUCUUGUCGUACUAUGCAUGCUGUACACACAGGGCAUUGCCUGUCACAUGAACUUUUAAGUUUGUUGUAAAUAUAAUCUUGAGUCAAGAAAGAUAACCCAACCUAACGUGUAUUUCCGAAAGUUAUUAUUAUUAAUUUUUUAUAUUUUUUUUAUUUAUUUUCAUUCCGCUUUUCAUGUCGUGUCCACACUCGAGACUAGAGGAUGCUGCCGAAGGGUUUUGUCGGCCUAGUGCUAUUUAUAGCUUUGUGUCUUCACGAGUGAGUAACACGUGGGGCAGACCGUACCAGCCCGGCUGUCCGGGGAUCUUAUACCGGGCUGUGGCUAGUGACCAGUCUUACACUUACACACAUUGAACAAAGACCAAUCUUUCACACAUUGACCAUUUACAACUCUGAGACACAUUAACCAAUGACCAAUCUUACACACAUUGAUCAUUUACAAUUCUGACACACAUUAACUAAUGACUAAUCGUACACAAAUUGACCAGUCUUAAACACUUCGACCAAUGACCAAUCGUACUCACAUUGACCAAAACCAGUCUUACACACAUUGACCAAUGCCCAAUCGUACACACAGUGACCAAUGACCAAUCUUACACACAUUGAUCAAUGAUCAGUUUUACACACAUACAAUUUUAUGUUGUUUAAAUACCAUUAACAUGGACAUGACCACGCCAUCGCAGCUAUCACGAAGAAAUAUAUGUAAUUUUAGCUUAAACUUUAGAUGGUUUAAGUGACACGGUCCAAUAAUCUUAUUACCUCACAUUCAAGUAAUAGACACAUUUCAUUUUGACUAGAUUUUCUUUUCCAUAAAAAAACAAAUACUUGUUUUAAACUCUUGAGUCUGACGGAAACGGAUCGACACGGACUCCGCGCCAGUUACUGCGCUAUCGUUCACGGGAGUCAUUAAGUACACAAUCAAAUGUUAAAUGUUACAGUUUAUUAAAAAAAGACUUUAUUAAUAUUAAGAAGGGACUUUGACAAGAAUGUAUUGGCAUGCGACUCGUCCCGACGAACCGUGGCUCAAAUAGUGAAGUCGGAAAAAACAACAACAAAAAACAACACAAUACCAUAAUUGCUUUUUAAAACUUUUUUUUUUACUGUGAGAAAAAUAUAAAUGUUUAAUACUGUAAAACCAAGUAUAUACCGUCAUAACUUGUUUUCUCUGACAGAAUCAGGCGAAGGGGCGCCGAGACGUGGAGCACUCAGACGUUGCUCUUCUUCAUCUUCGUCGUCCUGCUGUGCUGCUCCAUGCUCGUCAACUUCAUCUUCCUCUUCAAGUCACCGCGGUACCGCAGCAAGUGCCCCCACUUCACGGCCGAGCUCUACCAGAUGAACGACCUGAGGAAUGAGGUGGCCGAGCUGAAGAACAUGGUCACCUUCCUGGCGGAGCCGGCCAUCACCGACCACAACUACACGUACCUCCUGAACCCCAAGAACGCGUGCCGGGAGCCCCUGGAGCUGCUCAUCGUGGUGCCCUCCGCCCCUGGAAACUUCGCCCGUAGGAUGAAGGUGAGGCAGAGCUCGAGGGCCGACUACGCCAACGACCCCAAGAACAAAGCCCGGUUGGUUUUUUUCCUCGGGAGGCAGGUCUCCGAAGGGAAUGACCUCGAGACCCAGCUCAGCGUCGACGAGGAGGCGGAAAAGUACGGCGACAUCGUCCAGGAGGAUUUCGUCGACGUUUACAGGAACAUCCGCCUGAAGGCGAUGUCGAUGCUGAAGUGGGCCAGCACCUACUGCCCGAGGACGCGCUUCGUCCUGAGGACCGACGACGACAUCAGGACCAACAUCCCGAAGACGGUGGCCGCGAUGAAGAGGGCAAGCCAGCGGCUGGCCAACUUCAUCCUCGGGCUCAAGGAGGAGAGCACCGUCCCCGUGAGGAGGUCGCAGGGGGUCAACUCGAAGUACUUCAUCUCCUACGAGGAGUACCCGGAAGCCACGUUCCCGCCCUUCGCGUACGGCGGGCUCCUGGGGUACCCCAUCUCCACGGUGAAGCUGCUGUACCAGGCGUCGCUGAGGGUGAAGCCGAUUUGGCUCGACGAUGUGUUUAUCACGGGGCUGUGCGCCCCGAAGGUCAACGUGGCGCUCCUGAGUGACCCGGAUAUCGACUUUGAACAUCACGCUUGGUGAACUAGGCAACAAUUUUUACUUUUUAAAAGACACGGAAAUAAAUAAAUUAAAGGUAAAGUAACUAAUAUUUAGUAACACCUAAUUUCUAUCUACUUCAAAGAGGUGACAUUUCGUAAUUCAUACAUCAACAAUUAGCACUAAUAAUUAAGUAAACAUGAAGUUAUUUCAAUCCAACGUUUGAAUACUGCACAUCGUAUCGUCUCAAUUCUGAGAAUCGCUGAAAUAAUGAUCCGUCAGACACUCCAAGAGACGAUCCAAAUAAUUAAACUUCGAAAGUGUUGAAAUGAUAACUUACACAUUUCCUAUUUAGCACCAAAAAGUCACGUGUUUUUUUAACAUGUCAAAAAGAC